GUGGGAGUCCAAGGGGCGACGGAGAGCAGCGGCUUUUGCGGACUCGGCGCGUCACUCCAUCGGUUGCUCCUUUCUCAAGCCCCGUCCGGCUCCGCGUCUUCGCUCCAGCUCGAGAGAAAGCGAGAGAAGCCGAAGCGAGAACUUAGCGGAAACUUAGCAGAGAAUGCUCCGAAAGUCGGCGGUCCUGCUGCUGCUGGCGGCCGCUGCUGCUGCGACUUACGAAGUGGAGCAGAAUGACUCCUUCAGCCCCAGGAAGGCCAGGCUGGCCGCGCAAAAUUCAGCGGAUGUGGUGCGGUGUUUAAAUAGUGCUCUCCAAGUAGGGUGUGGUGCUUUUGCCUGCCUGGAAAAUUCUACAUGUGACACAGGCGGCAUGUAUGACAUCUGCAAAUCCUUUCUCUACAGUGCAGCUAAAUUUGACACUCAGGGGAAAGCCUUUGUGAAGGAGAGCUUGAAGUGCAUUGCAAAUGGCAUUACCUCAAAAGUGUUCCUCGCCAUUCGGAGGUGCUCCACAUUCCAGCGAAUGAUUUCUGAGGUGCAGGAGGAAUGUUACAGCAAGCUGGACAUCUGCGGCAUUGCAAAAAAGAACCCAGAAGCGAUCACAGAAGUCGUCCAGCUUCCAAACCACUUCUCAAACAGGUAUUACAACAAGCUCGUGAGAAGCUUACUGGAAUGUGAUGAAGAGACGGUGGCGACCAUAAAGGACAGUUUGAUGGCAAAAAUCGGUCCGAACAUGGCCAGCCUUUUCCACCUCCUGCAGACAGAUCAUUGUGCCCAAAUCCAUCCGAGAGCCGACUUCAGUCGGAGACGUAUCACGGAGCCUCAGAAGCUAAAAAUCUAUUUCCGAAAUCUGCGGGGGGAGGGGCCUGUUCAGUCCCACAUGAAACGUUCUUCCUCAGAAAGUGUGUAACGUUCCUUGAGAGGGUGGAAGUGUAGGGCAGCCUUCACCAACCUGGUUUCCCCCCAGAUGUUUUGGACCUCAGCUCUUGGGUGUUGUAGUUCAAAACAGCUGGAGAGCACUAAUUUGGUGAAGGCUGGUGUAGGGAAUCCAAGCUCUACCAAAGUAGGAAAUUUACUUCUUCUUUUCCUUUAGCAUUAACAAACACCAGAAAUUUACUGUAAUUGAUUUUAAGGAACACUGAGCUAAUCUACACAUUCAAAACAAAUAAUGACAUGUGGUAUAUUCCUCCUAGGACUGAGCUGCUUCAUUGUGCAGAUAGGAGAGUUGCAAAUUUAAUGCACAAUUGCUUGUAUCCACCAAAGUUCUCCUCAGUGUAGCCCCACUGAAAUGGUGUCCAUUGAUUUCAAUGUGUCUGCUCUGGGUAGGACCAGCAUAGGGUACAGCCCUUAGAUUUAACACACUUAAAAACAACAACUAGCAUAUCUCGAAAAGCUGUUCUAGGACCAUCUCCAUUGCCCCCUGGGCUUUUCAUUGACAAGGGGUUUGUGAAUGUUCCCUGCUCAUCUCUGCCAAGAAAUACAAUCCCCUUAUCUGCAUUUUGAAGUGGAAUAGUCCCAGGAAAUUUAUCAUAUGUUUGAAAUGAAUGUAUAGACCGGCGCCUGGAAAACAGGUGGGUUUUUGGGUGAGGGGUAGGGUAUGGUGAGGAUUUAUUUUCUUUCGCUGUCUUCAGACAAGCUGUAUGGACCUGGGAUUUCUGGUUGGGGAGGAGAUCCCUUAAUUCCUGAAAUGGAAAUACCUUCUUUUCUUUCCACUCACCUUCCCAUAAAGAAAUCCAAUGAA